AAUGAGUGACCACAGUUUAUCAAAAACCUCCAAUGGUUCUCCACUGAUGACAUCUUUUCACAGAUACAGCAUGAAGAAGAAAUCAUUAUUUGGAAGAAAGAGAAUAUUAGGGAGAAAGAGGAACACCAAAAAACCUAGUCUUAUUUCUCCAAUGAAGAUCAACAUAAGGAUGCCUGAAAUGGAGGGUCCAGUCCCGAGAGAAAGCGUUCAGGCGCAAUUAUCACCAAUUGAGGAACGUAAAGAUAAGAAGUGAAAGGAGUUUAACUUGAGAAAAUAAGGGAAAGUUCAACUUCAAUCUUGAGAAAUAUAUUCAAGAAUCAAGAGUCAGUAUUUACUCUAAGAUUAUUCAAAAAGAAAUGGAUGGACUCAUGCCAAAGAGGAAAUAAAAAAGAAAGGAAAUAUUCUAGAAGAAACUGAGUAUUAUCCUUAGGCAAUAGAACCCCUUUGUCUUUUAGGACUGAGAAUGAAGAAAAAGCUCUUCUAAAUCCUAAGAAAGGUAGAAACUCAAAUGCUUUUGUUUUGAACACGAGAUUCAGUACUAUUAAUAGUCCAAUUCAAGACCAUAGGCAUUAUAGUAUCAGAAAUGCUAGAAGUCCUCGGCCUGAUUGAAGAAAUUUUUUGACUUCUCCCGAAAUUGACGACUCCAAUCGUCUUACUCCUUCUGAAAAUUCGACCCAUAAAGUAUCAGAAUCAUCAAUAUGCUCAAGAAAAGAGAUUCAAAAAGAAUUGAGAAAGAAGAUUUUAGUGGCUAAAGAUACUUCUAAUGGAAGAAAGAAAAAGAAAGAAAUAACAGCAUUCUUAUCCAUUCCUAAAAAAUUUAACAAAGAUAUUAUGAAUCAAGUGAUCACCAACUUACUUGAGAAGAAAAAGGUUAAAGAGAGACUUCCAAUAAAUCUUAAAAAGGAUCCUGAAUUUCAAAGAAGGAUUUCUCGCUACAGCAUAUUAAGCCCUGUUCCUAGGAGGUCUAAGUUUGCAGGCAUAGAUGACUCUAGUGCAAAUGAAAAAUUGAGGGCUAUAUCACCCUUCUCCCUUCCUUCUGACAGACUUUCUCCAAAUAUUACUUUGGAGAACAUCCCAUAAAGCUUAAUGGAUUGAACUAGACUUAAGAAUUAUGCUCUGGAACAAAUCAAACAAGAAUGACAGUCGAUUCUUACUUAAUACAUAUUAUAAUUCAUU